AUGGUAACGAAACCGUCGCAUAACUUAAGGAGGGAACACAAGUGGUUGAAAGAAACGGCGACUUUGCAAGAAGACAAGGAGUUUGUGUUGCAGGCUAUUCAAAAGCAUAUAGCGAACAAGAAGCCAAAGACAAAUUCGCCACCGAUUACGCCGUCUAGAGAUGUGUAUGGAGCAGGGACAAUGAACCUGUUAACCAGCCUUCCUGGAUCUGGUUCCACUAGCACCGUUACGAAACAGCGCGAGGACACGCAAACCCUAUCAAACGACACGGAAUGGCUCUCCUACCCUGCCACAUCGAACCAAUAUACCGACAUCCCCAUGGGAGAUAUACCGGCCAGCACAAGUAUCGUAUCGAACCCAAGGACACCCAGCGGUUCGAAAACACACAACACCAAUAUGCUUCGACCGCCCAUGGCGAGUUCUCUUGUCGAAAAUAGCAGCAGUAGAAACAUGGAUCGCAGAAACAAUACCAACGACGUGAUUGAUAGUACAAGCACGAGCAAACAGAUCGAGAAGCAUCGAGACAGGGUAGAGAGAGAUAUAGUUGGACUUCAGGACUCAUUGAUUACUACCUUGAAGGAGCAAUCAAAAUUGUUACUCCAAAAAUGUAGUAUAAUUGAAUCUACAUCAUUGUCAGAGGAUGCCAAAAGGUUACAAUUGAGUAGGGACAUACGGCCCCAAUUAUCCAACGUAUCUAUCAGAAUAGACUCUUUAGAAACGGAAAUCGCACAAAUUAAGAAAGACGCACUUUCGAAAAGUCAAACUAAAGUUCACAGCCAGGUUCCCUCACAAAACAAUAAUAUUAUAUCAAGUAUUUUACCCAGUCCAUUAGACAACAACCUAUCUUUCAAAAGCACAAAUCUGGCAACCACUACUGCAACCGCUGCGACUAUGGCAGUAUCUGCCCGUGCAGCUACUGCAACUUUCACGAAAAGCCCAAAAACUAAUGCUAAUAAUGAUAACCACGAUGAUGACUUAAUUCAGGUGCUAGACGAUGAGGAUGAUGAUGAUGCAAAUAACGAUCCUACCAUUAUCCUACAAAAAGGGUUAGUCGAUAUACCGCAAAACAAUACUCCAAUUUCUCCUUCACCGCCACGUCUGGAUAUGACCACAGAAGAACAAGAUGAACUUACAAGAAGAAGAAAUAUGCGUUCAAGAGAACCAGUUAACUAUAGAAUUCCUGAAAGAGAUGACCCCUUUGACUAUAUUAUGGGUAAAUCAUUGAGAGAGGAUUGCCCAGAAUUCGAAAGAGAAGAAGAUGAACUCACAAUGGAGGCUGAAGAUGAUGAUCAUUCUAGUUAUAUGACUACUAGAGAUGAAGAAAAGGAAGAAAAUGAUUUGUUGAACCAAAGUGAUUUUGAUUUUGUAGUGAAUGAUGGUCUUGAGGCCACCCAGGAUACUGAUUACCAUGACAAUCUGGAUGGGUGUGCAAAUAUUAAAGAAGAUCCCUUAGAAGACGAUACUAGGUCCACAAUUACUUUAUCACAGAAUAAAAAUGUUCAAGUUAUUUUAUCUUCCCCAACAACACAAAGUGACAUAUCCAGCCGUCAAAGGCAAACAGAUGUGGAGCAUAUUGAUUUACUGGAAGACGAUUUAGAAAGGGAUGCUAUUUUGGAUGAUAGCAUAAGUUUUUCCUUUGGUAACCAAAACUUACCUAUGUCACAUUCUGAUUUAGAGUUAAUUGACAGUGAAAAGGAAAGUGGUGAAUACGAUGAAGAUAACAACAACAACAACAACAACUUUGAAAACCUAUCAGAUAGCGAUUUAGAAAGAUUCGACGAAGAAAGAGAAAAUAGAACCCAAGCUGCAGAUAUUCAGGAACUGGAUAAUGACCUGAAGAUCAUAACAGAAAGGAAGCUUACAAGUGAUCACGAUCUGCAAUCACCCUCUUGGUCUCCUACGAUUAAAAGAGAAAGAUCGAACGCUAGUCAAAAAAAAGGCGAGGAAGAUGAUUUUGAUGACGAUUUUUCACUAAGUGAUAUAGUGAGCAGGUCUAAACUGACUUCUAAGGCGAAAGGUCCAAUUUAUCCGUGGUCGGAUGAAGUUUUAUACCGCUUGCACGAAAUAUUUAAACUACCCGGCUUUAGACCUAAUCAGUUAGAGGCAGUCAAUGCAACUUUACAAGGUAAGGACGUUUUUGUUCUUAUGCCGACAGGGGGUGGUAAAUCGCUUUGCUAUCAACUUCCUGCAGUGGUUAAACUAGGCAAGACGCAUGGUACUACCAUUGUCGUUUCUCCCUUAAUUUCUUUGAUGCAAGAUCAAGUGGAACAUUUGUUGAAUAAAAAUAUCAAGGCAAGCAUGUUCAGUUCGAAAGGGACCGCCGAACAAAGGAGACAAACCUUUAAUUUGUUUAUUAAUGGGUUAUUGGAUUUGGUUUAUAUAUCUCCUGAAAUGAUUAGUGCUUCUGAACAGUGUAAGAGAGCCAUUAGUAGACUAUAUGCGGAUGGAAAGUUGGCUCGUAUUGUUGUAGAUGAAGCCCAUUGUGUUUCUAACUGGGGUCAUGAUUUUAGGCCUGAUUACAAAGAAUUAAAAUUCUUUAAGAGGGAAUAUCCCGAUAUUCCAAUGAUCGCUCUAACUGCAACUGCAAGUGAACAAGUAAGAAUGGAUAUCAUUCACAAUCUAGAACUAAAAGAUCCAGUUUUCUUAAAGCAAAGUUUUAACAGAACUAAUUUGUACUAUGAAGUUAAAAAAAAGACCAAAAAUACCAUUUUCGAGAUCUGUGACGCUGUUAAAUUGAGAUUUAAAAACGAAACUGGCAUUAUAUAUUGUCAUUCUAAAAAAUCUUGUGAGCAAACGUCAGCCCAAAUGCAGAGAAAUGGCAUCAAAUGCGCCUAUUACCAUGCAGGUAUGGAACCUGAUGAAAGACUAAGUGUUCAAAAGGCGUGGCAGGCUGAUGAAAUCCAGGUGAUUUGUGCUACCGUCGCGUUUGGGAUGGGUAUUGAUAAACCCGAUGUUAGGUUUGUUUACCAUUUCACCGUGCCACGAACAUUAGAAGGCUAUUACCAAGAAACUGGUCGUGCCGGUAGGGAUGGCAAUUAUUCAUACUGUAUCACCUAUUUCUCGUUUCGAGAUAUCAGAACUAUGCAAACAAUGAUUCAAAAAGAUAAGAAUUUAGACAGAGAGAACAAGGAGAAACAUUUAAAUAAGUUACAGCAGGUGAUGGCAUACUGUGACAACGUCACGGAUUGUAGAAGAAAAUUAGUGCUAUCUUACUUCAAUGAGGAUUUUGAUUCUAAAUUGUGUCACAAGAACUGUGACAAUUGCAGGAAUAGUGCAAAUGUAAUAAACGAGGAAAGAGAUGUUACGGAUCCCGCCAAAAAAAUUGUGAAACUGGUGGAGAGUAUUCAAAAUGAAAGAGUCACCAUAAUUUACUGUCAAGACAUUUUCAAAGGUUCAAGAAGCUCCAAAAUUGUACAGGCUAAUCACGAUACAUUAGAUGAACACGGCCUUGGUAAGUCCAUGCAAAAAUCAGAAAUCGAAAGAAUUUUUUUUCAUUUGAUCACUAUCCGUGUCUUACAAGAGUAUUCUAUCAUGAAUAACAGUGGGUUUGCUUCGAGUUAUGUAAAAGUUGGACCCAAUGCUAGAAAAUUACUCAGUGGAAAAAUGGAGAUAAGGAUGCAAUUUACGAUAUCAGCACCGAACUCUCGUCCAUCAACAUCUUCUGGCCAUCAAUCAAAUGGGGAUAAUACGCCAGCUAUAGCUCAAAGAUCAACAACUCUUGGGGAGAAUACAGCUGUUAACCCUGCACGCUUUAUUAGCGCGAAAGAACACCUAAGAUCGUAUACCUACAGUAGUUCAACAACGGAAUCAUCACAUCCUAUAUCAUUAAAAAACAAUACCGAAUUACAUUCGACCCAAGAACUAAACAAUCUACGAAUGACAUACGAACGGUUAAGAGAAUUAUCAUUAAAUUUAGGAAAUAGAAUGGUUCCUCCGGUGGGGAACUUUAUGCCCGACUCUAUCUUAAAGAAAAUGGCGACAAUUUUGCCAAUGAGUGAAUCGGCUUUUGCAUCUUUGGGUCCAGUAGAGGACAAAUAUUGUCGGAGGUUUAAGUACUUUAAAGCCACAAUUGCUGAUCUUAGUAACAAAAGAUCAAGCAGAGAACAUGAAAAAUACGAUACCAUAUUAAAUGAAGAGUCUGUCAAUAGAAUAUCCAGUUCAACCAAUCAAGUUAUCUCCACAACAGGAACACGAUCUAGGUUUUUUGGCGCUAACCCUAGUGAAGUUAAGGAAAAUGAACAAAUAAUCAAUCAAAUUAGGGAAAGUCAGUUACCAAAAAGUUCAAUAAGCACAAAAGCAUCUACAAAAGCGAUCAGCAAACCGACUAAGAAACCUGCUAAUGGGAAGCGAGGUUUUAAAAACUAUAAAGGCCACUACAGAAGAAGAAAAUAA